AUGCCAAAUGGAAAACGUGAGAAGAGAGCAGAAGCCAAACGUCAAAGGGUAGCCAAGGCUUGCGACUACUGCCGUUCGAAGAAAGUACGAUGUGACGGAGAACAGCCGUGUAAUAACUGUAUUUCCUGCAAAACUUCCUGUACAUAUAACCAUGUCAAGAAACGACGGACCACAGAUAAGAAAAGUUCGCCAAAAAGGUCAAAGGAAGUGGAUGACAGAUUGGAGCGGCUGGAACUAAUGAUUGAGUCACUUGUUACGCAGUUAGGCUCUUCUAACUCUGUAGUACCAGUUUCACGUAUUCAACACAAUGAAGAAACUACCGAUGACGAUGAGAGCGACUCUACACAGGCCGAGAAUGAUGCCCAUUUGCAACCCAGUACGAAUAAGAAAACCGACCAAAAGGAGUUGAAUGGUCUUUCCAGAGAGGUUACCCCAUUUUCUUCAAAUGGAAAGACAAGCUGUUCCGAUGCCACUCUCCAGUUUGCUCAUCGAAAGACCGAGUGCUUCGACUCAUUCUUCGCUGAGUACUGUUCAUUUUCUUUAUUUUCUAAAGAGGGACAAGAAUGGUUAGUCUCAAAAAUGAAAAGCGAACAUUUAGAAAUAAUCAAUAAGAACUUAAGACAUAUGUUCGCAAACUAUGUUUCAUACUCGUUCACUCUAUGGAUCGAGCCAAUUCAGCCUAGUGACUUACAGCCACUUUUUCCAAAAAAUAUAUCUUUAGGAUUAUUGAAGUUUCUUUUUUCCUAUGUAUCCCAAUCACUAUACCCCAUCGAUACAAAUGAGCAGCUCGCUUUGCUAGAAGUAUAUUGCGAAUCACAGGGAAGAGGCAAAGGCAAAUCGCAUCAUCUAUCUUAUGCUAAUUUGAUGAUGCUCAACAUGUUUUUAGCAUUUUCACUGGCCCUUUAUCGUGAUUCGGUUUUGAAAACUAGUGUUAGGAUCGAAGGACUGGAUAUAUCGCCAGAGAAAUCGAGAGAGUAUGAAAGUGGCUUCCUAAGAAACACAAUUUUUUAUUACCAGCGACUAUUUUUAGUUGGGGAUGGGCUUAACUCCAUUCUUGCAAUUUUAUUACUUUACAAAUAUUGUGAAGGAACGCUUGCAUUCCAUGCUGCGUAUAUGUUAUUGUCGACUGGUGUCAGAUUAGCCCAGGAAAUGGGACUUCAUCGUGCUGAAUCAUAUGCGGGUCUCUCUCAAAAAGAACAGGAUAGUAGAGCAAUAAUAUGGUGGGACUGCUAUACAGAGGACAAACUUUACUCUAUUAAAUCGGGGAAGCCUUCGAUUAUUAACGAUCUUGAUGUUUCUGCCCCGCUACCUUCCUAUUGGCGAAAACUGGUCGUACUUCCCCACAAAGUCGAUGAAUUUCGUCGAGCUAUUGACGAAGAAUACGGUCCAGGUCUAGCAAUUCCUGAAUAUAUUCGAAUCAAUGCUCUUAAUACCAGCUAUAACAAGGGAAAAGCUGCUGUUUUACAUUACUUCUUGAGCUUGAGUUUUUUAGUUUCCUACAUCUAUCAAACUGUAUUCUCGGUGAGUACCACCAACCAUCGUUCUUUGGAGGAGCAGAUGAUUCAAUUUGAGGUGAUAAACGAAAAAUUAGAGCAAUGGAGAUUAUCUUUACCAGAGCAAUGUCGUCCAAAGUCACGCAAAGAGUUGAACAAUGAAGAUAUCUACAAAAAUCUUACUGUUGAAGGUGUGGAACGAGUUCUCCACGAGCAAAACAAAUAUUCGACUUCAAGCGUAAUAAAUCCCUUUGAAAUUGAUGGCCCUACAGAAUCAGUUCAUUUUAGAUUGUUACUGAAAGACUUGCAUUUGGCAUACUAUACAAUACUAUCCUCAGUUUGUAAGGUAUUUAUUGACAAAUCGUCAAAAUUGGUAAGCGCAAAUCAUAGUCAUUCAAGAGUUGUUGGAGAGUAUGUUGCUAUGCGGGUUAACUCUUGCAGGGAAGUUUUGUUCAUGUCCAAGGAAGUUGGAGAGGGUACAACCUUUUUUGCUAAUAUUUUUUCAUUCUACCUGCUGGCUGCAUUUAUUCCACUGUUUUGCAAUAUUUUGAGAAAUCCAGAUUCUGAAACUACCGCCUUUGACUUUGCGCUGUUGUAUUAUUCUGAAAAACAUUAUUUUGAAAGAUUGGAAGGCCCACACACAGCAGAGCCUACGCUUUCACGCCAUCCGUUGAGUUUACUAACGGCUUUCUUUUUAUUAGUUGCUCACAACUUGACCAAAAGAUCGUCAAACUUUGCAAGCAUCUCAACUAAGUUCGAUGAGUUUGAGCGUAAGAAUUUUGACAUAUUUAAGACGAUUGGGCUGACUUCUUAUUCUCAGUCAAAGAGUAACAAACUUUCCUCAAAGUCUGACCCUUCUCUUACGGUUUCAGCAAGUGAAGAUUUCCAUCAGGAUCUAACUUCUAGACUUGAUUUCAAACAAGAUAACAAGAUAACGUCGGACAGUGUGACGUUCGAAGCUUCUAGAGAUAAUUAUCUGCCGACUUAUACCAAAGAUUCACUGAUUAACGGGCAUAGUCUGUAUCGGGAACCCAAUUUUGCUUCUCAGAUUGUCCCCCCUAUCAUGCCCCCAGAUACAUUGCUGCAACACGAGGAGUCAAAUCUUGCUGAUGCAAAUUUUCAAUCUAUUCACCCCAUGGUCAAUUCUACUGAGAGCGCAUAUAUCCCUAUCGAGUAUCAGAAUCAACCAGGCAUCUCUGAAAACUCCAAGCUUGUUAAUGACCUGAAUCAUGAAAGCUUUCUACAAGACGACAGUGCCGAUGAGAGAGCAUGCUUGUUUCAGACCGUUUUUGAUGUGCCAGGCUUUUAUUUAGAUUCAUAA